AUGACCCAAUCUCGGCCCAACGAGUUCAUUGCUCCACCGGAGUGUCCUGUUUUUGAGCCCACUUGGGAGGAAUUUGCCGACCCAUUUGCGUAUAUCAACAAAAUACGGCCUAUUGCAGAGAAAACGGGUAUCUGCAAGGUCCGACCGCCGAAGGUGAGUGUCUUUAAUUAGGGUAUGAUUUCAAACUCCUGCUGAAAACAUUUUCUAACAGUUUUUGAUGACAUUUGUGGUCGUUUAGUUAUCUUUUUAGACAUAUUUUCAACAUGGCGGAUUGCGGCUUGAGUUGAAUUGCCAGCUUCUAUGCGAGCGUAGGUUAUGUGUGUGCCUCUGUGUAGGUGUGCAAGGACACGCACGCGCCCAGUGAUCUCUGUGCAGACAGACUCGCGACAAAGUUACAAUAAAGUAUCGCUUAUAUUCCAGAGAACGUUACACCCAAGUACAAUGCAUCUUUAGAGGCUAUUGGUCAAAUUGAUGGGUGAGAAGGUUGGUUACCUUUUCUCUUCCUGCGAGUUGUUAAUUGUAAAAUGACACGGAAAUAAGACAUUUCACCAAAUCACUUUAAUGCCUUCCAGCUUGUUAUCAAUUCAAUUUUCGAAUGUGAAAUUGAAAGAUAUGUAUAAUAUAACAUACCAUAUUGUUUUUUAUAUUCACUUGUAUUGACAUCACAAUGUUUUGAUGCUGGAUUUCCGUGUGACAGCUACGUGCACAAUGACGAACUCUUUAUGGAGUGUGACUCGUUGUAAAGGAAAACCGAUUAGUUGGUGAGGAAACUGCAUUGUCGACUACCGUGCUGCAAUUUUCAUACAUGAGCUUACUUGUUUCUUGAACAUGGGGGAGGAAGUUUCCUGGUUCUGUAUUGGUCUGCACUACUUGCGACAUUUCUUGUUUUCAUCCCGUUGCUUAUUUGACCACGUUAGGUAAUGGUGAGCAGUGAGCGCCCUUAAAUCUCCUCAAGGGUAUUAGGGACAGCUUAUUGUGCUGACUGAAAUGUUGUUUUGCCUCUUGCCUACACAACCUAGAUUAUUUGAUAUUAACUGAGAGUGGGGCUGAUUUAGAGGCCUGUAUGUUGUAGGCCUGCUGAGAAGACUCUUCUAGCUUGUUAAUGUCCUCCAUGUUGCCUUUGUGGUAGUGGGUGUGGACUGGAUUGUGUGGCUUUUCCUUUGGAGUUUAUUAACAUAUUAAAGAAUAAUACGAUUUUGGUAGGGAUCAUUUGUUAUAAUUCAUCUGUGAAAAAUAUGUACCGCUUUCCAAUGGUAACCAAAUGGUUUUCUUGAAGGGCUGGCCUCUGAACAUUGGUUAUCACUGAAUAAUAUUGUGAAAAUGAUGAUAAUGCCCUUUUAAGUGUAAGAGCUGUUUUUUAAAUGCAGCCUGAAAUGUCAGCCUAUUUUGGUGGGAUGAAGUUUUGGCCUGCCUGGUGGUAAAUUAGUUUAAAAGUCCAAUGCAACCAUUUUUGUCUCAAUAUCAAAUAAUUUCUGGGUAACAAUUAAGUAAAUUACUGUGAUUGUUUUCAAUUAAAAUGUUCAAAAAGAAACAAUUCUUAGUAAAGAGCAAUUUCUCAAUCAAUAAUAUUGCUAGGACUGUCUUAGCUGUUAUUGGCAGAGAGGUUUGAAACUCUUUCUUAUUGUUCUAUCAACUCAUUUACCGCCUGGUGAUUACAUUUACAUUAUUUAGCAGACGCUCUUAUCCAGAGCGAUUUACAGGAGCAAUUAGGGUUAAGUGCCUUGCUCAAGGGCACAUCGACAGAUUUUUCACCUAGUUGGCUCGGGGAUUAGGCAGGCCAAAACUCCAUCCCACCAAAACAGGCUAAAAUGUCAGGUGGUCUUCUCAAACAGCUCUUACACUUAAAGGGCAUUAGUUAUUUUUGUUUCUUUUUGACCAUUUUAAUUGAAAACAAUCACAGUAAGGUACCUAAUUGUUAGGCAGAAAUUAUUUGAUCUAAUAGUUCGCCUAAUUUCAGUUUGUGACAAAACAAGCAUAGUGUAAAGAAUCAUUGUACCAUCUAAACCGCUGUGAAAUAUAUUUUCCAUAACCAAAAAUAUUGUACUUUCAGCUGUUUUGAAGCUGGUGUACAAAACCGAAAGUAAAAGACGCAAAAACAAAACUUAAGACCGGGAAGCAUAGAAAUAGCGCACAUAGAACAUAUCUACCGCUUCUUCGCUGCUUUCAAUGAGAAUGACAGAUCUAUAACUCACAAUUCUAUGUGAAUUUGGUCGGGUCGCCCAAAAAGUUAAAUAUAGAGGGGUUGGUUGUUUAGCAACAAAAACGACGCAUGCACAACCAUGGGGCCGAACAGAAGAGGUUGGUUUAGAUUGGAGACAAAAUAUAGCUUACAUGUUGUCAACAAUGUAUAUUGAAAACAGACACAUUUGCACAAUGACCACUUGUUGUCUCGCAUACAUCGAUAGUUGUUGUUUAGCUAGCUAGCGAAUUUUUGCCAUAUUAGCAUUGACAUGAAAUCAGUCAAAACGCCUCAAAACAAGACAUGGUAUCAACAACAAGCUGAAAUUAGACACUUAUUAUUCCCGACAUGGCAGGUUCUUGUCAUUCUUGCUAGCAAUCUGGCCAUCCAGAAUCACAACAAGACUGACUUCUGCCCCAUGAAGCGUGCACAUCGUUUUCGUGAUGUUGUCAGCCAACCCAUCUAUUGCAGCUUUAACUUUUACUGGGGCAUGCAUGUAUUACUGUCAUUUUGGUUUGCAAAAAAAAAGAUCUCUACAAGAGUUGAUAGUAGUUGAUUAAACAUAGUAAUUUGGGUAACACUUUACAUGAGUUAUUCUUAUACCUAUGCAGUAAAACUGUAAUUGCACUUGGUAGGCCUAUUAGCCUAAUGUUGUUGCACACCAUAGUAACUGCAUUAUAGACUAAUUGAUUAGACCUAAUUGAGUUGAGAAUUUAAUUACACAACAGGAAUAGGGACUGUCCUUUAUUCCACUGGUGUAAUAAUGAAAUAUGCUAAUUUACAAUUACUCAAAUACUAUGAAACAAUAAUGUACACCUAAAAUAACCCAAAUGUGAAUUGUUUGAGAAACUACAAAGGCAACCUGUUUAUUUAUUUAUGCAUAAUUAUUUAUUUGGCAGUAGGGUGUUUAUUCCUUCCACCAUUUGUUUUGUAUUAUGUGAUCAAUUUUGUUCUCCUCCUUCAUUCAAACAGUUUUUCCUACCUAUCUGUAGAGUUGUGACUGGCUUUGUUUCUUAUCUGGUCUAGCUGCCCUGCACUGGGCACAAAGAAAGUGAACCGCUUUCUCAAUAACCACAAUUUUACCCCUCUCUCUCUCGAUUUACUAUCUUGCACAGCAGUUGUGUAAUCUGAAUGUUGUUUUUACAACACUGGAUAAACAUCAAAAUAUGCACUCCAGAUCGCUCAGCUGUGCCUACUGUAGGUAGUCUAAUGAUGGCUGAAUUUGGCUAGCUGUUCAGAGGAUGGAAGUUGUUUGUGCAGAAUGGGAGUGCUUAUGCAAUGGGCCCGUCCGUUGUCGUAGCUCCACUACUCCACAAAGGGGCUGCUGGAAAUACAGCCAGAGCUGUUGUUUCAUAAGCCAUGCCCCCAUCUGGGCCGUGCACUGCAGACAAAGGGUGCAGAGUCAAAGGGUAAUCUAUGGCGGCUAAAUUUAUGGUGGUCUUAUCAACACCCCUCCUCCCCGGCUCCAGGGGAGCCAUAUUUUUUCCCAGCAUUUUUUGAUGACUGCACUUGGACUCGUCCACGUCCCCAGCUGGUUCACUUCUCAGUCUGAGGUGACAGUUAGGUCUUCUUGUUUAGGUAGUGGCUUUUAGGAUGGACUCUUCCACUUUUGAUCAAAAAGGGUUUUGUCCUAUUUGUCACUUGGGAUGAAUUUGCAGAAUUGCUGUGUGAUAGAGGCUAGCACUUGUGUAGCCUAUUUAAAGCCAAUUUAAGCCUUUUCUGUAUUCCUGAGUUAUCAUGCACAUUCGAACAGGCAUGCUGGCACUCUGUGAUGCCAUGCAAGGUUACAGAGACAGUGUAGUCUCCAAAGAUAAGAAGGCUGUAGUGACCUUAAUGUUCUAUCUGCACCACACUUUCCUGUUGAUUCCAGUCAAACAGUCUCUCUCUCUUUCUCUCUCUCUCUCUCUCUGAACCCAAUGUUUAAUAGAAAACAAGAGAACUGGAAAUACCAACUCUCCUCAGAGGGCCUAUAUCAAAGAAAAUGCUUGAGUCCUCUUUUAUGUGCAUCAAAUACUGCAUUGCAACUGCUGGUCCAGUGCUGAAAUAAGACUGAGAUGCACAAUGAAAGUAACUAUGGUUAUGCAAAUGUAUUGGACUAUUUGUAAAUGAUAACAUUUGCAUUCGGUUAAUCAGCAUCUCACCUGAGUAGGUAACUAUUGACAUGCACCCGUUUAUAAGAGGUUUCAUAUCCACUCAGGUCACAUUGUUUUAUGUGAUAAUAUUAAAAUCAUUUUCAUGUGUAUUUUACUCAGGUUUGAUUGGAAUUUAGUCGUGUUUAUUAGGAGUGUAACAGAAGAGAUCAAAUAUGGAUUUAGACUAAAGAUGAACAGCCUACAUUACUUUCUGUAUGGAACAUGGCCUGCCAUGUCACAAUGUUCCUAAAUGGUGCAGUAUAGAUGACGUAUUUAAAUGUAUUCAAAUACAGCAUAGACUGUGGCUCAACUGAUAAUGAUUCUUCAAAAUGGAGGAUGAGCUAGGAAAAAUGAGUGACACCUCAGUCAGUUUGACAAGAUGGUAUUUACUCCUGCAGGAAUGGCAGCCACCGUUUGCGUGUGAUGUGGACAGACUGCACUUCACGCCCCGGAUCCAGAGACUUAAUGAAUUGGAGGUAUGUUCAUUUUACUACUUAACUGGUUUAUCCAUACAGUACCUAUUUUUAAUAAUAGUAUAUCUAGUUACCUUAUUAUGAGCGACUGGAUAUGUAUGUAGCCAAGUUUUUAUUUUUAAUAUGUGGAUUACUUUUUUACAAUGAGAUGUUCCACAAAGUUAUUUUGGGGAAUACAUCUUCUCAAUCCACAUUAUUAUCCUACUAUUUUAUAAGUGCUAAAGAAAUAAAAGAAAACUGACAAAUAAACACAUUAGUCUGCUAAUUCUUUAGGCCUAAUCUAACGCGAAUCUGAAGGCUACAUUGAUGCAUUGAGUGACAUUGUCAGUAAAACAGUGGCUUCAACAGGCUAAUAACACCCAGCAACAGGGUGUCUAUUGAAGCCAGAGUGCUCUCUGGCCUCUGAAGUGUGCCUUGUAGAAAAAGUUGAUGACAUCAGGUCAAAGGUCACUGGUUCCUAGACCUUUAACCCUUUUUUUUGAUACAAUGAGCUACUUUAAAUGUCAAUGUCCUGUAAGGUUGGGCGGUAUCCAGAUUUCCGUAACUUCAUACCAUGCCUGUCGUAUACCGGGGUAUACGGUAUUACCAGUGGUGCACAUAAGGGCACGAUUUUUUGUUGUUGUAAAAAACAAACAAAAAAUGCUAACAUGUACUAAGGAAUUCCCAUAGUAAAUUCUAACGAGAGCAUGCAAACAUAAAUUGCAAGGACAGACAACCCAGCUCAUAAAGUUAAGUAUCUCAAAAGGCUACUCAGUUUCAAAUCAAAUCAAAUUUUAUUGGUCACAUGCGCCGAAUACAACAGGUGCAGACAUUACAGUGAAAUGCUUACUUACAGCCCUUAACCAACAGUGCAUUUAUUUUAAACAAAAAAAGUAAGAAUAAAACAACAACAAAAAAAGUGUUGAGAAAAAAAAGAGCAGAAGUAAAAUAAAGUGACAGUAGGGAGGCUAUAUAUACAGGGGGGUACCGUUGCAGAGUCAAUGUGCGGGGGCACCGGCUAGUUGAGGUAAUAUGUACAUGUGGGUAGAGUUAAAGUGACUAUGCAUAAAUACUUAACAGAGUAGCAGCAGCGUAAAAAGGAUGGGGUGGGGGGGCAGUGCAAAUAGUCUGGGUAGCCAUGAUUAGCUGUUCAGGAGUCUUAUGGCUAGGGGGUAGAAGCUGUUGAGAAGUCUUUUGGACCUAGACUUGGCACUCCGGUACCGCUUGCCGUGCGGUAGCAGAGAGAACAGUCUAUGACUAGGGUGGCUGGAGUCUUUGACAAUUUUGAGGGCCUUCCUCUGACACCGCCUGGUAUAGAGGUCCUGGAUGGCAGGAAGCUUUGCCCCAGUGAUGUACUGGGCCGUACGCACUACCCUCUGUAGUGCCUUGCGGUCGGAGGCCAAGCAGUUGCCAUACCAGGCGGUGAUGCAACCAGUCAGGAUGCUCUCGAUGGUGCAGCUGUAGAAUUUUUUGAGGAUCUGAGGACCCAUGCCAAAUCUUUUUAGUCUCCUGAGGGGGAAUAGGCUUUGUCGUGCCCUCUUCACGACUGUCUUGGUGUGUUUGGACCAUGAUAGUUCGUUGGUGAUGUGGACACCAAGGAACUUGAAGCUCUCAACCUGUUCCACUACAGCCCCGUCGAUGAGAAUGGGGGCGUGCUCAGUCCUUUUUUUUUUUCUGUAGUCCACAAUCAUCUCCUUUGUCUUGGUCACGUUGAGGGAGAGGUUGUUGUCCUGGCACCACACGGCCAGAUCUCUGACCUCCUCCCUAUAGGCUGUCUCAUCGUUGUCGGUGAUCAGGCCUACCACUGUUGUGUCGUCGGCAAACUUAAUGAUGGUGUUGGAGUCGUGCCUGGCCAUGCAGUCAUGGGUGAACAGAGAGUACAGGAGGGGACUGAGCACGCACCCCUGAGGGGCCCCCGUGUUGAGGAUCAGUGUGGCAGAUGUGUUGUUACCUACCCUUACCACCUGGGGGCGGCCCGUCAGGAAGUCCAGGAUCCAGUUGCAGAGGGAGGUGUUUAGUCCCAGGAUCCUUAGCUUAGUGAUGAGCUUAGAGGGCACUAUGGUGUUGAAUGCUGAGCUGUAGUCAAUGAAUAGCAUUCUCACGUAGGUGUUCCUCUUGUCCAGGUGGGAAAGGGCAGUGUGGAGUGCGAUAGAGAUUGCAUCAUCUGUGGAUCUGUUGGGGCGGUAUGCAAAUUGGAGUGGGUCUAGCGUUUCUGGGAUAAUGCUGUUGAUGUGAGCCAUGACCAGCCUUUCAAAGUUUGAGCAUACACAAAACAAAAAUUAGACAGCAGGGAUCUUAAUCCAGGAGGGGGUUGUCUCUGCUGCUACCAAGAUUCAAACUAAAUACACAGCUGGAAAGAGUUUAUUUGGCACUUAUUAGAUAGAGAUGGAUACAGAUGUGUAUAUAUACAGUGGGGGGAAAAAAGUAUUUAGUCAGCCACCAAUUGUGCAAGUUCUCCCACUUAAAAAGAUGAGAGAGGUCUGUAAUUUUCAUCAUAUGUACACGUCAACUAUGACAGACAAAUAGAUAAAAAAAAUAUCCAGGAAAUCACAUUGUAGGAUUUUUAAUGAAUUUAUUUGCAAAUUAUGGUGGAAAAUAAGUAUUUGGUCACCUACAAACAAGCAAGAUUUCUGGCUCUCACAGACCUGUAACUUCUUCUUUAAGAGGCUCCUCUGUCCUCCACUCGUUACCUGUAUUAAUGGCACCUGUUUGAACUUGUUAUCAGUAUAAAAGACACCUGUCCACAACCUCAAACAGUCACACUCCAAACUCCACUAUGGCCAAGACCAAAGAGCUGUCAAAGGACACCAGAAACAAAAUUGUAGACCUGCACCAGGCUGGGAAGACUGAAUCUGCAAUAGGUAAGCAGCUUGGUUUGAAGAAAUCAACUGUGGGAGCAAUUAUUAGGAAAUGGAAGACAUACAAGACCACUGAUAAUCUCCCUCGAUCUGGGGCUCCACGCAAGAUCUCACCCCGUGGGGUCAAAAUGAUCACAAGAACGGUGAGCAAAAAUCCCAGAACCACACGGGGGGACCUAGUGAAUGACCUGCAGAGAGCUGGGACCAAAGUAACAAAGCCUACCAUCAGUAACACACUACGCUGCCAGGGACUCAAAUCCUGCAGUGCCAGACGUGUCCCCCUGCUUAAGCCAGUACAUGUCCAGGCCCGUCUGAAGUGUGCUAGAGUGCAUUUGGAUGAUCCAGAAGAGGAUUGGGAGAAUGUCAGAUGAAACCAAAAUAGAACUUUUUGGUAAAAACUCAACUCGUCGUGUUUGGAGGACAAAGAAUGCUGAGUUGCAUCCAAAGAACACCAUACCUACUGUGAAGCAUGGGGGUGGAAACAUCAUGCUUUGGGGCUGUUUUUCUGCAAAGGGACCAGGACGACUGAUCCGUGUAAAGGAAAGAAUGAAUGGGGCCAUGUAUCGUGAGAUUUUGAGUGAAAACCUCCUUCCAUCAGCAAGGGCAUUGAAGAUGAAACAUGGCUGGGUCUUUCAGCAUGACAAUGAUCCCAAACACACCGCCCGGGCAACGAAGGAGUGGCUUCGUAAGAAGCAUUUCAAGGUCCUGGAGUGGCCUAGCCAGUCUCCAGAUCUCAACCCCAUAGAAAAUCUUUGGAGGGAGUUGAAAGUCCGUGUUGCCCAGCGACAGCCCCAAAACAUCACUGCUCUAGAGGAGAUCUGCAUGGAGGAAUGGGCCAAAAUACCAGCAACAGUGUGUGAAAACCUUGUGAAGACUUACAGAAAACGUUUGACCUGUGUCAUUGCCAACAAAGGGUAUAUAACAAAGUAUUGAGAAACUUUUGUUAUUGACCAAAUACUUAUUUUCCACCAUAAUUUGCAAAUAAAUUCAUUAAAAAUCCUACAAUGUGAUCUUCAGGAUUUUUUUUUCUAAUUUUGUCUGUCAUAGUUGACGUGUACCUAUGAUGAAAAUUACAGGCCUCUCAUCUUUUUAAGUGGGAGAACUUGCACAAUUGGUGGCUGACUAAAUACUUUUUUCCCCCCACUGUACAUCUCGCUCGCAAACAUUGGUAGUGAAUUUCAUAACUUGAAAUGUGUAACUUGAUCACCUCACUUAAGUUGCACUGCAGGAGUGACUCACCUCACAAAGCUCGCUCAAUCAGCUGUUUUGGGGGAACUACCAGUCAAUUUAAUAAUGAAAAAUAACAUGUGAAAUGAAGAGCACAAUCUUCUUUAUCGAUUAACCUAGUGCACAAGUUGACUGCAGGUAUUUAUUUAAAAAGUACAAAUAUCGAAAUCUAUUAAACUAACAUUUGUUUCAAUGGUAUUUAAAAUCAUACCGUGGGUAUUUAAAAAAUACCCCUGUAUACGUUAUAUCGCCCAACCUUAAAGUCCUAUCAUUUGCAUUUAAAAGUAGCGCUGCAGGGGAUUAAUUAUUAUAGAAACAAUGGCAUGUAAUGCACCAUUUGAUAAGUAUUAUUUGUUUUUUCUUUUAUCUUGCCGAUGUGUGAAAUGUACCAAUGUUUUGUGAUUUUAUGUUGUAGGCUCAAACCAGAGUCAAGCUCAACUUCCUGGAUCAAAUCGCAAAGUUCUGGGAGCUACAAGGGUGCACCCUGAAAAUCCCUCAUGUGGAAAGAAAGAAUCUGGACCUGUACCAACUCAACAAGGUAUGUAGCUACAACUUCUGGCACACCCUGGAUGCAGGAAACUGGCCAGCUAUUCUUGGAUAUGAUCCAGGGGGCAUUUGUGUUAUACACUCAUAUAAGCAUGGGAGCUCUAUAUGCUUCUUAUUGUGCUAUGUUUACACAUUUUUAUACACACACACACACACACACAGUAAAUCUAAUUGAUUGGUAUCCUCCUUCCUUUACCAGUUGGUGAACGAUGACCGGGGUUUUGACGCGGUUUGCAGAGAGAGACGCUGGUCUAAGAUAGCCCUAAAGAUGGGCUUUGCUCCAGGCAAGGCCAUAGGCUCUCAUCUGCGCUCUCACUAUGAGAGGAUCCUCUACCCCUACAACCUGUUCCAGACUGGAGCCAACCUUCUGGUGAGUCAGAUGGUCGCUCUCUCAGCAGAUGGUGCUCUGCUCUGGGCUGUUUACUAAUGUGCUCUUAUCUCGAGUUGAGGACUAAGAGGUUGUGCUGCGUCAAAGGUGUAGACAUUGUCCAUAGCGAAAUGUCAAAAAAAGAAAGAAAAGUUUUAGCUGUUGAUAUAACAUUUAUUUUCCAAUAAAUACCUGCUCGAAGAUGGAAGCAGGGUCAACUUUAUAAAUGGGUCAACUGUACAAAUAAUUGGCAGUUCUUUUUUCCUGCGUAAAAUGUGUAAAAGUGACUUGUCACUCCCUGCUGUCUCGGUAUGUAGAGCAUCACCCUAAAUUAAGCUAAUACCAGCCAAGCUCAUUAUUAACUGCCCUACUACUGCAGAGAAGGCACGUCAGAAGUGAACUGGCACUCACGUGGCCUCUUUUCCACACUACUCUAUAAGUUUGAUAUUUGGCCAGGGAUAAUGUCAAAUUAUGUAUUCAGUAGGUCUUCUUAACUGCAGUAGGUCUGCUUUGUCCCUUGGUAUAACGAGGAGUUGAAGGGUCCUGGGUUUUGCACACACAUUUAGUUAUAUGCUAGAUGAAGCCUGGGACUUUUAAAAAGCAUGACUGGAAUCCUGACAACAAACUGGCAACAAACCAACCAUUUUCUUAGUGAGCUCUCCUCCCCAUUGGGUUAUUUUUGUAUAAUUUAGUACCGGUUUCCUCUUUUCUUUCCGUGUUUAUUUUAUUGAAGGCCUAAGUUGUCUCUUGCAGCUUCUCUGAUUGUACCUUGGGGCCCUGGUUGGGUUUUGUGGUUAGCAGCAGCUCAUCCUCUCUUUGCAGUGCUGCAUGCCUCUCUCUCAACCUGCUGGCCUUGACCUCCCCUGAUCCCCUCCCUCUCCUCCCCUUUCACCCUCCUCCCUCUUGCCCCACCCUCCCUGUGUAGAGGCCUAGCUGUCUCUGGCCUGGCUGCUGCCCUCGCACUGUCCUCCUGAUACACCAGAGACAGCAGAGCGUCAGUGAUCCCAACCCCCACCUCACCUCAGUGUUGCUGCUUGUCUUCCUCUUUGUCAUGUGAGUGGUGUCAACAGAAAGAUUAGAGACCAUGUGCUGAUCUGGCAAGACAAAAACAAGUAUCAACAGUUGAAGCCCAUGUGUGUAGUGGUGGGUAAUGUUGAAGUUUGAAUUAGAUGGUUGAAUUUAUCAAGCCAUGGUAUUCAACAACUCAAUUACAAUUAUUUUGUUCAAAGGCAACAAUGAAAGAUUGGAAAUCAAACCCCCAAGGGAACUGUAAGACAACUAGGCACCUAAACAACCACAUGGCCCUGCCUCUGUUUAUCAAAUCAAAUCAAAUUGUAUUUGCCACAUGCACCGAAUACAACAGGUGUAGACAUUACUGUGAAAUGCUUACUUACAGCCCUAAACCAACAAUGCAUUUAUUUCUUAAUAAAAAAGUAAAAUAAAACAACAACAAAAAAGUGUUGAGAAAAAAGAGCAGAAGUAAAGUAAAAUAAAAUAACAGUAGGGAGGCUUUAUACAGGGGGGUACCGGUGCAGAGUCAAUGUGCGGGGGCACCGGCUAGUUGAGGUAGGUGAGGUAAUAUGUACAUGUGGGUAGAGUUAAAGUGACUAUGCAUAAAUAAUUAACAGAGUAGCAGCAGCGUAAAAAGAUGGGGUGGGGGUGCAAAUAGUCCGGGUAGCCAUGAUUAGCUGUUCAGGAGUCUUAUGGCUUGGGGGUAGAAGCUGUUGAGAAGCCUUUUGGACCUAGACUUGGCGCUCCGGUACCGCUUGCCGUGCGGUAGCAGAGAGAACAGUCUAUGACUAGGGUGGCUGGAGUCUUUGACAAUUUUUAGGGCCUUCCUCUGACACCGCCUGGUAUAGAGGUCCUGGAUAGCAGGAAGCUUGGCCCCAGUGAUGUACUGGGCCGUACGCACUACCCUCUGUAGUGCCUUGCGCUCGGAAGCCGAGCAGUUGCCAUACCAGGCGGUGAUGCAACCAGUCAGGAUGCUCUCGAUGGUGGAGCUGUAUAACUUUUUGAGGAUCUGAGGACCCAUGCCAAAUCUUUUCAGUCUCCUGAGGGAGAAUAGGCGUUGUCGUGCCCUCUUCACGACUGUCUUGGUGUGUUUGGACCAUGAUAGUUCGUUGGUGAUGUGGACACCAAAGAACUUGAAGCUCUCAACCUGUUCCACUACAGCCCUGUCGAUGAGAAUUGGGGCGUGCUCAGUCCUCUUUUUUUUUUCCUGUAGUCCACAAUCAUCUCCUUUGUCUUGGUCACGUUGAGGGAGAGGUUGUAAUCCUGACACCACACGGCCAGGUCUCUGACCUCCUCCCUAUAGGCUGUCUCGUCGGUGAUCAGGCCUACCACUGUUGUGUCGUCGGUAAACUUAAUGAUGGUGUUGGAGUUGUGCCUGGCCAUGCAGUCAUGGGUGAACAGGGAGUACAGGAGGGGACUGAGCACGCACCCCUGAGGGGCCCCUGUGUUGAGGAUCAGCGUGGCAGAUGUGUUGUUACCUACCCUUACCACCUGGGGGCGGCCCGUCAGGAAGUCCAGGAUCCAGUUGCAGAGGGAGGUGUUUAGUCCCAGGAUCCUUAGCUUAGUGAUGAGCUUUGAGGGCACUAUGGUGUUGAACGCUGAGCUGUAGUGAAUGAAUAGCAUUCUCACGUAGGUGUUCCUCUUGUCCAGGUGGGAAAGGGCAGUGUGGAGUGCAAUAGAGUGCAUCAUCAUCUGUGGAUCUGUUGGGGCGGUAUGCAAAUUGGAGUGGGUCUAGCGUUUCUGGGAUAUUGGUGUUGUGAGCCUUUACAUUUACAUCAUUUAGCAGACACUCUUAUCCAGAGCGACUUACAAAUUGGUGCAUUCAACUUAUGGGGGGGGGGGGGGGGGGGGGGGGGGGGGGGGGGGGGUAGAAGGAUUACUUUAUACUAUUCCAGGUAUUCCUUAAAGAGGUAGGGUUUCAAGUGUCUCCGGAAGGUGGUCAGUGACUCCGCUGUCCUGACAGCCAUGACCAGCCUUUCAAAGCACUUCAUGGCUACAGACGUCAGUGCUACGGGUCGGUAGUCAUUUAGGCAGGUUAUCUUAGUGUCCUUGGGCAUGGGGAUUAUGGUGGUCUGCUUGAAACAUGUUGGGAUUACAGACUCAGUCAGGGACAUGUUGAAAAUGUCGGUGAAGACACUUGCCAGUUGGUCAGCACAUGCUCGGAGUACACGUCCUGGUAAUCCGUCUGGCCCUGCGGCCUUGUGAAUGUUGACCUGCUUAAAAGUCUUACUCACAUCGGCUACGGAGAGCGUGAUCACAUAGUCCGGAACAGCUGGUGCUCUCAUGCAUGCUUCAGUGUUGCUUGCCUCGAAGCGAGCAUAGAAGUGGUUUAGCUCGUCUGGUAGGCUUGUGUCACUGGGCAGCUCGCGGCUGUGCUUCCCUUUGUAGUCUGUAAUAGUUUUCAAGCCCUGCCACAUCCGACGAGCAUCAGAGCCGGUGUAGUACGAUGCCUAGUUUGUUCUUGGCAAAUUGAAUUUGUCACAGCAUAAUAGUAGUAGGAGUGACAAGGAGCUAGCAAAGCGCUUUCUGUUGUCAUUCAAACAGAAUUAUUGUCAUUUGCUUCUCAUUAUUUUCAAACAAACAUAUGUUUGAUAUCUGUGAAAAUGUCUCAUUGAUGAUAUUAUGGGGACUCUGUGUUAGAAAGCUCUACAUGCCCACUCACUCCCCCAUGUCUCCCCUACAGAAGCCUACUCUGACUAAUGACACCAAGGACAUGGACUACAUCCCCCAUGACCUGCCCCAGCGCCAGUCUGUCCAGCCCCUGGAGACCUGCAGCAUUGCUCGCAGAGCCAAGCGCAUGAGAGCUGAGGUGAGCUUCUUCCCGGUUCCCCAUAAGUCACAAUUCUACCUCUAGGUCGCCAUAAGUAAACAUUCUACCUCAGUCAGUGGCUCUGGUUCCCCAUAAGUCACAAUUCUAACCCACAAUAGUUACAUGGAAGACAGCUCUGUCCGAGUCAUUGUGUGAAAAGCCCAAAGGCACAAUUUGGUUUGCAGCUUUGCGUAUAUUUCUGGAUACUGACCAAAAGAGCCUGUUUGUGUAUGCAAUGGUGACCUCUAGAAAAGGAUGUUGCUCUUCCUGAAUUUCCUGUCGUAGUCCACAUGGCAUGAACCCCUCUCUCUCUGACAGGGAGGCUGUAUGAAGACUGAGACCGAAGAUGACUGUGAGAACCGUCCCAACCUGAGGAGGAGGAUGGGUUCCUACGUGGCCAAGCCAGAGCCACAGCCUGGUAAACACUGACCUCUGUCCUCUGGCAAAGUCUAGUGCAAUGUGAAAUAAUUUUAAUAUUUUUCAUGAACAAAUGAAAAUGUUUCUCAUGUUUUAAUUUAAGUUUUGAUAAUUAUUACAUUAAAAAAAAGUAAAAUGGUGAAGGAAAUUAACAUUUUAUAAUAUUUUAAAUCUACAGUACCGUUCAAAAGUUUGGGGUCACUUAGAAAUGUCCUUGUUUUUGAAAGAAAAGCAAUUUUUUGUCAAUUAAAAUAACAUCAAAUUGAUCAGAAAUACAGUGCAGCAUCCCGGAGUCGCCUCUUCACUGUUGACGUUGAGACUGGUGUUUUGCGAGUACUAUUUAAUUAAGCUGCCAGUUGAGGACCUGUGAGGCGCCUGUUUCUCAAACUAGACACUCUAAUGUAUUUGUCCUCUUGCUCAGUUGUGCACCGGGGCCUCCCACUCCUCUUUCUAUUCUGGUUAGAGCCAGUUUGCGCUGUUCUGUGAAGAGAGUAGUACACAGCGUUGUACGAGAUCUUCAGUUUCUUGGCAAUUUCUCGCAUAGAAUAGCCUUAAUUUUUCAGAACAAGAAUAGACUGACUAGUUUCAGAAGGAAGUUAUUUGUUUCUGGCCAUUUUGAGGCUGUAAUCGAACCCACAAUUGCUGAUGCUUCAGAUACUCAACUAGUCUCAAGAAGGCCAGUUUUAUGCUUCUUUAAUCAGCACUACAGUUUUCAGCUGUGCUAACAUAAUUGCAAAAGGGUUUUCUAAUGAUCAAUUAGCCUUUUAAAUGAUAAACUUGGAUUAGCAAACACAACGUGCCAUUGGAACACAGGACUGAUGGUUGCUGAUAAUGGGUCUCUGUACGCCUAUGUAGAUAUUCCAUAAAAAAUCUGCCGUUUCCAGCUACAAUAGCCAUUUACAACAUUAACAAUGUCUACACUGUAUUUCUGAUCAAUUUGAUAUUUUAAUGGACAAAAAAAAUGGCUUUUCUUUCGAAAACAAGGACAUUUCUGAGUGACCCCAAACUUUUGAACGGCAGUGUAUAUAAGAACAGGGUUGUGUUGAUAUGAGUACAUACUGUAUGCCCUGGCCUCCAUUAUUCAUGUCAUAAAUGUAUUUCAGUGGAAGUGAAACUGGAACCCACUGAGCACGAGGAGCCAAUAACAAGUGACAAAGAAAGUGUGCUUGCUAAGAAAAACGACCCUGCAGUGAGUAAAGUACGUUUAUAUGCUGAGCUAAUCAAGGCUAAUUGUCACUUCAUUAUUACUACGAUGAUGAUAAUAACCAUAAUGGAUAGCAUUUAUUCAGGUCUCUCACAAAAGUACAAUUGCUUAAGCUCUUUACAUUUUAAUGGUUAGUUAACUCAUCCCUUCCACCAACCUGGGUGAUGUUUUUGCUCUAUAGUGGAUAAGAAGCCUCAUGGUCUUGUCUCUGUCUCCUCAGGUGGAUCAGUACAUGUGUCUGGUGUGUGGCAGCGGGAGUGAAGAGGACCGCCUGCUGCUGUGUGACGGCUGUGACGACAGCUACCACACCUUCUGUCUGAUACCGCCCCUCCACGAUGUCCCCAAAGGAGACUGGAGAUGUCCCAAGUGCCUGGCUCAGGUGACAGACAUGCUCCCGCUCUCCCCCAGCCCUAAUUACCGUACUACACUGUCACUCUGUAAACCAACUCGACACACCCCGUCCACUGGGGAAGCUGAACGCAGAAGCAGCAGUAGUCGUGAAAUGGGAACUGAAUCUUGUUUUCAUUAAAAGGCUAAAACACUAGACUCUUAAAGCGAAACAAAAGAAUGCUAAACCUCUGUUUUGUGGUUAUCUCAUAUACCGGAGCUGCUCAGUAGAAUCCUACUCCUGUUGGUAUUGUUUUCGGCAAGUAUAACUUGAUGUUGACAUUUUGCUGCAUUAGUGCUUAUCUCAUCCUUGUCUUCCCUAAAGGAGUGUGGCAAACCCCAGGUAGCCUUUGGCUUCGAGCAGGCUGGCAGGGACUACUCCCUACGCACUUUUGGGGACAUGGCCGACUCCUUCAAGUCAGACUAUUUCAACAUGCCGGUUCAUGUAAGUUUGGCAGCAGAUGUACUGUCCUCAUCAGUGUCAUGUUUAAGAUGGAACCUCGGUUUCAAAGUAUUUUCCCAGUGUCUUUGUGCCUACUGAACCCCCACCUGAUAUAAGCUGUAUUAGACGUAGCUCAACCAAGCUCAGCCUGUAGUUGAGGUAAUGGUUUUUCUCUGUCUCUGUUUGUCAGAUGGUUCCCACAGAGCUGGUGGAGAAGGAGUUCUGGCGGCUGGUUAGCACCAUCGAGGAGGACGUCACUGUGGAGUAUGGAGCAGACAUCGCCUCCAAGGAGUUUGGGAGCGGCUUCCCCAUCAGGGGCGGACGAUUCCAAGUCUCCCCUGAGGAUGAGGUACACAAAGGCUCUCCUCUUACAAGUUAACAUAUGCUAAGUAUUGGGAUGAUUCUGAAGUUGACUGUACCACAACAUCAUGGCAACGGUACACAAUUUCAGACCAAGAGAACUGUCAUGAAAAAUAAAUAAAUGAAAAUGUACUACUCUCAAAUAGUUCUAUAGCUCACAACCCACAUACAUCUAUGCUCUCAGACUGUGGUAGCACUUGUGGCUUAUAUUUAAGGUGAUAUUGGAGUUCUACUGGAGAUUAAACCCUAGCCAGUAUCACCCGCAGUUGAGUCGAGCCUUAACUUGUACUUGUCUCUGACCCAUAGGAUUACCUGAGCAGCGGCUGGAACCUGAACAACAUGCCCGUGAUAGACUCCUCGGUGCUGACUCACGUUACGGCCGACAUCUGUGGGAUGAAGUUACCAUGGCUCUACGUGGGCAUGUGCUUCUCCUCCUUCUGCUGGCACAUUGAGGACCACUGGAGCUACUCCAUCAACUACCUGCACUGGUACAUACAGGCUGCCUCUAAGGCCCCACAGGCCAUUAGUAUGGGACUGGAGUUUUACCUGACCUUGUGACUGGACCAGGAAAGACUCCUGUUCCGCAGGAUAAUGCACUGUAUAGGUCUAAGCAAAUGGCCUCUGCUUCUUUCAUUUUGAGGAAUCUUGUCAAACCCAAUUGCUUGCAUAGUAUUGGAGUUUAUUGGUUGACGUGGUAUUAAACACCUCAAUAUACCUCAAUCUUCAGAGUGAUAACAGCAAUCAGUGUUUUUGACAAACUGGCAUCUGUGUCCUCAGGGGAGAGCCCAAGACGUGGUACGGCGCUCCGGGGUACGCUGCGGAGAAGCUGGAGGGGGUGAUGAGGAAACUGGCCCCCGAGCUGUUUGAGUCUCAACCUGACCUCCUGCACCAGCUGGUCACCAUCAUGAACCCCAACACACUGAUGAACCAUGGUGUCCCCGUAAGUAACACACACACACACACACAUGCACACACACUGUGUUUAUAGUUAUGGUCUAACCAUGACUGCAUACCCACUCAUCUCUAGAUCUAUCGCACCAAUCAGUGUGCUGGUGAGUUUGUCAUCACCUUCCCUAGAGCCUACCACAGCGGAUUUAACCAGGGCUUCAACUUCGCUGAGGCUGUCAACUUCUGCACCAUGGACUGGGUAAGAUGCCUUGGAAGUCCCUCGUCAAUACCAUACAGAAGCUAAUAAAUGAAUAACUGGAAGCUGUUUCUAAUGACCAGUGGUCAAUACACCUGGUCCUGGAGAGCUACAUGAUGUACAGGCUUAUCAUGGUCCGGAUGAACAAUACAUUAGCUCAGUCAGGUGUGUUAAUGCUGGGCUUGAACAAAAGGCUGUAUACCUUGUAGCUCUUUGGAUCAAGUUUGGUUAUUAAUGAUGUAACCAGCACUGUGUACGGCUCAGUUCAAUAGUGUUAAAUCGAUAGUAUAGUUCUAACCUAAAGCCUCCUGCUCUGUCAUUUUAGAUGCCCAUGGGCCGCAUGUGUGUGGACCACUACAGACAGCUGAAUAGGUACUGUGUCUUCUCCCAUGACGAGAUGGUCUGCAAGAUGACGUCCAAGGCGGACACCAUGGACGUGGCCCUGGCCUCGGCCGUGCAGAGGGACAUGACCGUUAUGCUCCAGGAGGAGGACAAGCUGAGGGACAAAGUCCGCAAGAUGGUGAGAGGCCUCUCAUACUGGCACACUUUCAUAGAUUUUUGACAACAUUAUCAUUAGAGAAGCAAAUGGCCAGAGUAAACUUUCCUCGUGUCUGUGCCUGAGUCAUCCAUAGGACACUACUGGUGUGGGUGUCUGUGUGAUCUCUGUGACACUACUCAUCUGUGGGUGUGUGUUUAUGACACUCAUCAUCUGUCUGUGUGUGAUACUACUAAUCUGUUUGUGUUUCCGUGUGUCCCCAGGGCGUGCAGCAGUCCCAGCAGGUGGAGUACGACCUGCUGCCAGACGAGGAACGCCAGUGUUCCAAGUGCAGGACCACCUGCUACCUGUCUGCCCUCACCUGUCCCUGUAACCCCGGCCAGCUGGUGUGUCUGCACCAUGCCCAAGACCUCUGCUCCUGCCCCCCCAACAACCUCACACUCAAGUAGGUCUAUCCACAGCUAAGUUGGUGCUAGAUGCACACAUUAGAAUGUUAACAUUCAUCCCCAUCAUUACAUAUAUCCCAUGUUUUACAGAAACGGGCAAUCAACAGAAGCUCAUAAGUUAAAACUUUUUUUUUGUUGCAGUUUUCAAGUAAAAUGCCCCUUUAAGAACAUCUAUCAACUUAAAGUCAGGGUCAAAUUCAGAGUGAGCAGCAUUAAAACUUCUAAAAGCCUUCUAGAACCUUCUGAUGAAAAACAAACAAGUGUCACCUGGCCAGAAAAUCAACAGUUGUGACAACAGUUACUCAGCCAAGAUUCCAGUCUUCAGAAACACUAUAGACGUGUUUACCUGGUUGUGUGUCUUGGUCUUCAGCUACAGGUUUACCAUGGCUGAGCUCUACCCCAUGAUGGAAGCAGUCACUCUGCGUGCCGAGUCCUACACAGGCUGGGUCUCCCAUGUCAGUAACAUACUGGAGGCCAAACAAGACAGGAAAAGCAGUAAGUACUAACCCUAAGUAGGAUACCUCUUUGGAAUCAGGCGUCUGUGGAAUUUAAAUGGGUCAUUACAUAACAAAAUGCAAAAUUAUGUUAUUGCUGCUUAUUUGCAUAACUCCAAGUAGACAGGAUGUUCUCAAAUGUAUUAUGGAAUGUUUUGUACUUCUCGUCACCCAAAUAUGUUGCCUUUGUCUAAUGAUACACACAAAAUACCAGAAUAGAUUAUUUUCUACCAUUUGCUAAUCAUACAGUUUACUUGAUAAUUGGACCUUGAUUCUUUGGAUGAAUUGAUGACUGUGUCUAAAGCAGUGUUCUGAAGCACUGUUUGUUUAUUUAUGUGUUCAGGCUUGGAGGUACUGCGCUCCCUGGUGGAGGAGGCGGAGGUGAAGCAGUUCCCUAAGAGUGACCUCCUGCGGCAGCUCUGCACUGUUUCCCUGGAUGCUGAGAAGUGUGCCGUGGUGGCCCAGCAGCUGCUCAAUGGGAAAAGGCAGACCAGGUAUUUCUAUUAUUGUAUUAUCAUGCUUUCUAAUGUUAAAAUCCUUUACCACUCCUAAUUCUAGUAUUGCUAGACACAUGGUUAGACAAAUAGUCAUAACUAAUGCGCAAAGCAAUAAUGUGCUCUAGUGAAAAUAGUUUAAGCUUGUGUGCUCUGUUGGUUAGCCGUGUCUCUGAUCUUUAGUGUGUUGUUGUCAGGUAUCGUUCAGGUGGAGGGAAGUCCCAGAGCCAGAACCUGCUGACGGUGGAGGAGCUCAGGUCGUUUGUCAGGCAGCUGCACAACCUGCCCUGCAGCAUCCGCCAGGCCCCCUUACUCAUGGUACAACUAUAGGGCCAGAAUAUAUCCACUACUAUCACAGUGACAACUCCUGCUUUCCUCACUUCGCUAUCACACCUGACUCCGCUCAGCACAGUCUUGAUUAGUUGAAGAUGCACUAGGCGGGGACAAAGCCUACGUACAGCCACAGUGGUCUUUCAGGACAAGGAUAACACUGAACAAAAACAACAACAGCGUUCAUUGAUUGACCCUUUUACUUGCUUGUAUUUCCCCCCAGGACCUGCUUACCCGUGUGGAUGACUUCCAGCAGCGCAGCGAGCGGCUCCUCUGUGACGGGGCCCCCAGCCCAGCGGAGCUGCAGACCCUGCUGGACGUGAGCCUCGGUCUGGAUGUGGAGCUGCCCCAGCUGGUCCCGCUCAGGGAGAGGCUGGAGCAGGCGCGCUGGCUGGAGGUGGUUCAGGGGGCCAGCAGCCAGCCCCACAGCCUCUGUCUGGACACCAUGCGGAGGCUGAUAGACCAGGGGGUGGGUCUGGCCCCGCACGCCUUGGUAGAGAAAGCCAUGGCGCGCCUGCAGGAGCUGCUCACCAUGUCUGAGCACUGGGAGGAGCGGGCGCUCGGCCUCAUGGAGGCCAGGUGAGAGGCAAGGGAGGAGGAGAGCGCCUUAGACAGUACUGUAGUUGAAUAUGCAAGUUGACCGGUUCUAUCCUACAUCACAUUAUGUACAGGAAAAACUCUUGAUUCAGUAGUUUCACCUUUCCUUCUUUCCCUGAGACAUGGCUGUAGACUCCUAGCUGUAGUGGGGGUCUACAGCCAUGUCUCAAGGCCACUUCUUUCAUAACUUGAGUAAUACAAAAACUUUAAUAGUAAAGCCAUAGACAUGUUUUCAUUAGGAUGCACAAAACAAGAUUUUAAAAAUAGAAUGAGAUGUGUAAAACAAAAUAAAGCACACUGACAUAGUUAAUAGUAAAUAUGAAGCCCUGACACCUACCUUGCGAAAAGCUGCUUAGAAGUUCAGCCAGCAGAGAGUGAAAAGUGCAAGGUUUGCAUUCGGAGUUGAAAGCUGCUCACUGAUUGAUUAACUGGAUCAGUGGGUUGGGACAAUGCUCUGCUCGGCUGGCUCACGCAACAGUUUACACAGAGGCGCUAGUCGCAGAGCUGGGUCCCAUUGCUAUGAGGGUAAACUGUGGCGGUUGCCUGAAUUGAGACAUCUUGGACCCUAAGGUCUUAUUUGACAACUCUGAACUUUUUGAAAUGGAGAAAUGAUGUACAGAACACUAAUUCCACUGUCCAUAAGCAACAUCGCUUAAAGAGUUGGUUUAUUCUAUUGGUUUAGUUCGCUCUCUUCAGACAAGCUGAAAUCUAGCUCCUCAUAGUGCUAAUGUGAAGAGUGACCACUGUAGAACCAUAUGAACUGUGAAAUGAGUGACUAAUUUGUACCACCUGGUUUUGAGAAGUUAUGAAAGGUGUUGACAGAACUUCAAAUCAAAUUUUAUUGGUCACAUGCGCCGAAUACAACAGGUGCAGACAUUACAGUGAAAUGCUUACUUACAGCCCUUAACCAACAGUGCAUUUAUUUUAAACAAAAAAAGUAAGAAUAAAACAACAACAAAAAAAGUGUUGAGAAAAAAAAGAGCAGAAGUAAAAUAAAGUGACAGUAGGGAGGCUAUAUAUACAGUAAAAUAAAGUGACAGUAGGGAGGCUAUAUAUACAGGGGGGUACCGUUGCAUAGUCAAUGUGCGGGGGCACCGGCUAGUUGAGGUAGUUGAGGUAAUAUGUACAUGUGGGUAGAGUUAAAGUGACUAUGCAUAAAUACUUAACAGAGUAGCAGCAGCGUAAAAAGGAUGGGGUGGGGGGGCAGUGCAAAUAUUCCGGGUAGCCAUGAUUAGCUGUUCAGGAGUCUUAUGGCUUGGGGGUAGAAGCUGUUGAGAAGUCUUUUGGACCUAGACUUGGCACUCCGGUACCGCUUGCCGUGCGGUAGCAGAGAGAACAGUCUAUGACUAGGGUGGCUGGAGUCUUUGACAAUUUUGAGGGCCUUCCUCUGACACCGCCUGGUAUAGAGGUCCUGGAUGGCAGGGAGCUUUGCCCCAGUGAUGUACUGGGCCAUACGCACUACCCUCUGUAGUGCCUUGCGGUCAGAGGCCAAGCAGUUGCCAUACCAGGCGGUGAUGCAACCAGUCAGGAUGCUCUCGAUGGUGCAGCUGUAGAAUUUUUUGAGGAUCUGAGGACCCAUGCCAAAUCUUUUUAGUCUCCUGAGGGGGAAUAGGCUUUGUCGUGCCCUCUUCACGACUGUCUUGGUGUGUUUGAACCAUGAUAGUUCGUUGGUGAUGUGGACACCAAGGAACUUGAAGCUCUCAACCUGUUCCACUACAGCCCCGUUGAUGAGAAUGGGGGCGUGCUCAGUCCUCUUUUUUUUUCCUGUAGUCCACAAUCAUCUCCUUUGUCUUGGUCACGUUGAGGGAGAGGUUGUUGUCCUGGCACCACACGGCCAGAUCUCUGACCUCCUCCCUAUAGGCUGUCUCAUCGUUGUCGGUGAUCAGGCCUACCACUGUUGUGUCGUCGGCAAACUUAAUGAUGGUGUUGGAGUCGUGCUUGACACUAAAGAUAAGCAGUACUGUGUCUAUUUGUGUUUUUAAGCCUAGCUUCUAUUUUCUCCAGGCCCUGUCACUGUGUGGAAACUCUUGAGGCAACUCUGCAGGAGGUGGAUAGUAUCCCUGCCUAUCUGCCCAACUGUCUGCUGCUGAAGGACACGGUGGACCAGGCUAAAGACUGGCUUCAGGAAGCAGACACCCUGCAGGUAUGAGGCUCUUAGGUUGUGUCCCAAAUGGCACCCUAUUCCCUAUGUAGUGCACUACUUUUUUUGGGGGGGGGAGCCAGACUGCUUGUGAGAGUGUCUAUAUGCUUAUAAGAGUGUGUUUGUGUGUAGCUGGGAGGCCGUAUCCCUGUACUGGAUACCCUGACUGACCUGGUGUCCCGGGCCAAGGCCAUCCCUGUCUGGCUGGACCCUCUGGCUCGACUGGAGGCCCUGGUCUCUGACGUGCAGGCCUGGAAGGAGAGCGCCGCCAAAACCUUUCUAAUGAAGAAUUCCCCUUACUCCCUGCUGGAGGUAAACUACCUACAACAAUCUAAUGCCAAUACAUAUAAUCAGACACCUUAGGGGUUGUUUCACUAAAUAGUCACUUAGGCUACGUCCCAAAUGGCACCCUAUUCCCUUUAUAGUGCACCGCUUUUGACCAGACCCCUAUCAUUUUAUCCUAAGGAGAGUCUUUUGGGAUUUGGCUCAUUGUCUCCUUUGUGUGUUUAGGUGCUGUGCCCCCAGUGUGAGGGUGGGACGGGGUCUCAGAAGUCAAAGUCUAAAAGGGCAAAGGAUGCAGCCCAGUGCAGCAAGAGAAAUGAGACUUUGCUGGACUGCCUGAGUGACGUGGAGAGGGCCCUUUUAGAGAGCAAGGACUCCGCCUCUGCUGUACGUGCUGCUUGUUACUCCAUCUGUCUACGUACAUGUUUAAAAAAAAUAAAAAUAAAAAGCACACCAUUGAACUCACUGAUUAGCUUCCAACAUAUUCUAAAGACCCCAACUAUUGCAAUCCUCUACAUUGAUUGAUAUAAGCACCCAUGAUAUGAAAGUGCAAAUAAUUCAAUGUAUGGUUUGAUACAGUAUUGUAAUUCCAUAUACUGUAACUGUGUAGGUUACUGUUUGGUUACAUGUAUGUUGAUGUAGUGAGCAUUGCGUGUUGUCAUGCCAACCUGUGCUGGUUCCCCUUUCUGUAGAUGGCCACUCUAGCCGAGGUGCGUCAGAAGGAGAUGGAGAGUCUGCUGGCUCUCAGGGCCUCCAAUGAGUCCAAGCUCCUCCCAGCGGGCGACUGCGGGGCGUUGAGGGUGUGCGUGUGCCACAAGGCCCCGUUGGGAGCCAUGCUGCAGUGCGAGCUCUGCAGUGACACCUUUCACCGCAGCUGUGUCUCAGGCUCCAACCAGGACCCCCGGCCCAACCAGGCCUGGCUGUGCCCCCAUUGCCGGCGCUCGGAAAAGCCACCUCUGGACCGGGUGCUUCCCCUGCUGGCCUCCCUGCAGCGCAUCAGGGUGCGGCUGCCUGAGGGCGAUGCCCUACGCUUCCUCAUUGAGAGGACGGUCCGCUGGCAGCACCGCGUGCAGCAGGCCUCCGCAGAGGGGGUGCUGGGGGAGGGGGUGGCUGUGAUGACAUCACAUCAGCGCUGGGGCUCAUCCAGUCCCACCUGGGUUCCAUCUCAGGAAACAUACAGCGCAUCAUUUUACACGGAUCACCAGUGCAUUCCUCUGCAAGGUCAGUGUCGGGCUAGCAACAACAUCCAAUAUCCCAACCUUUCAUAACAAUUCACAUUUUUAUCAAAUUUCUAUCAAUGUCUAUCACAUAAAAUGUAUUGCACGUGUUAUUGGUGUGUGUUUCAGGACUGAGCCCUGAGCUGGAGGAGCUGAUGGUGGAGGGCUUCCUGCUGCAGGUGACUCUGCCUGAGACCCAGCAGCUGUACAUGUCCCUCCUCAGCAGACUGGCCUCCCAUAACCACACAGACAGCCCCUCCCCCCAGCACAGCACAGAGCAGGACCAACACAAGCACAACUCUCAAGGAGGGAGCCCCCCUCAUAACCAGGUAACAUACUAGUCUACUACUGUGAGGCACAACUCAUAAAAUUGUUGUAUUGAUGUGUUUGAGAAGUUUCUGAACGUUUGUUCUUCAUGUUGACAUUAAUUAUUUUGAAUGAAUUUAUUUGGGUGAAAAAUAAUACAACAAGAUCUGCACUGGAUCCCAGAAGAUGACACUUAAAAGCAUUAAUUAAAACACUUAUUUCCAAAGUGGUCCACGAUGGUAAAACAAACAUCUAAUGAUUUUAAAAGACAAGUUAAAGUUACAAAUCUAAAACAUUACAUUCAAACAAAAUUACAUUCAUACAUACAAAACAUUGACGUUCAAACAAAACCAUUACAUUCAAACAAAAACAUCACAUUCAUGUGUGUGACCUUAAUGCGUGUUUACUGUUUUCACCAGAACGGAGUAGCCUGUCUCAAGAAGGAGGCUAUGAAUGGCAAGCGGACCAAGCGGCACAUGGAGAAGGAGGGUUCCGAGCGCAAGGACAAAGCCAAGAAGCCCCGCAAGAAGAAGCCCAAGAUGGAGAGGAGCCAGGGGGCCAAGGGGACCUGUUCACCCACCACCACUCACUCUGACCUCUCCCUGUCGGACUCUGAUGAAGACUUCACCCUGUGCGCUGCACCGUGGUGCCGAGAGCCAGAGGGGAAACAGGUGAGCAUUAAACCCCCCUCCAAUGCAUUAUGUUGUGGGUAAUUUCAGUGUGUUUUCCCUCCCCUCAUAUCAAAUUGUUUUAGCAAUUAGACUAAUAGACUUAUCGUAGUAUAUUGAAAAUAGUAUGUAGUAUGAUUUGUAUUAAAGGAAAAUUCCACCCAAAACUAUAUUUUGGUAUUUGUUUCAUUAGUCCAUUGUUGACAUAGUCCCAAAAUGUUUUGCAUGUCAGAAAUCAAGUUAUCAAGAUAUAUAACUUUCAAAAUACAGAAAUACAGCCGGUAUGAUGCAUUUUGCAUUAUACCAUUAUACAAAAGGUGAUCAGUGUUUAUUUCCCUCUCUUUUUCUCAGGUGAAUUGGGUCCAGUGUGACGGCAGCUGCCAGCAGUGGUUCCACCAGAUCUGUGUGGGAGUGUCUGCAAAGCAGGCAGAGAAAGAGGACUACAUCUGUAUCAGCUGCACACAGCCAGACCACACCAGGGAGUGAAGAUCGAAAGGAGAAAGAAAAAACAGUUUUGAAGGAUCAUCAGUUUUAGCUUAGUCACAGCUCUGGGUGUAUAACCACCCAGUGAUUUCCCUUCCCCAUUCUUAGCUAUGCUCUGGCCCCACUGCCUCCUCAUUGACUUUCCUGAUCUGGCUACUCUUGGUGACAACAGUGCUACUUCCUCCUCCUUCCCAGCCCAGACUGCUUUUCAGAGCUAUUGA